CCUCUGCCUUCACCUUGACCCCCCCCACCACCGGUAACCAUGGCGCCGCGGAAGCGAGGUGGUGGAGGGCGCGGUGGCUCCUCCUUCUUCUUCUGCUGCUUCCAGAGCAACGACCACCCCGAGAUCACCUACCGGCUGCGCGAGGACUUCGCCCUGCAGACCAUGGAGCCCGCGCUGCCCAUGCCCACCUACGACGAGCUGGACGGCAUGUUCUCCGAGCUGGUGGAUGAGUUGGACCUCACAGAGAAGCACAGAGAGGCCAUGUUUGCCCUUCCAGCGGAGAAGAAAUGGCAGAUCUACUGCAGCAAGAAGAAGGAGCAAGAGGAAAACAAAGGUGCAACCAGCUGGCCCGAGUACUACAUCGAUCAGUUGAACUCUAUGGCUGCGAGGAAAACACUCCUGGCGUUGGAGAAGGAGGAUGAAGAGGAGCGAAACAAGACCAUCGAGAGCCUCAAAACAGCCCUCCGAACGCAACCCAUGAGGUUUGUGACGCGGUUCAUCGACCUGGAUGGUCUGACCUGUAUCCUGAACUUCCUGAAGACGAUGGACUACGAGACGACGGAGUCGCAGAUCCACACCUCGCUCAUCGGCUGCAUCAAGGCGCUGAUGAACAACUCGCAGGGGCGCGCACACGUGCUCUCGCACACGGAGAGCAUCAACAUCAUCGCCCAGAGCCUGGCCACCGAGAACAUCAAGACCAAGGUGGCUGUGCUGGAGAUCAUGGGCGCCGUGUGUCUGGUGCCCGGCGGCCACCGCAAGAUCCUGGAGGCCAUGCUGCACUACCAGAAGUUCGCCUGCGAGAGGACACGCUUUCAGACAUUACUAAAUGAUCUGGACAGGAGCACAGGACGGUACAGAGACGAGGUCAGCCUCAAAACAGCCAUCAUGUCUUUCAUCAACGCUAUCCUCAGCCAAGGAGCAGGGGAGACAAGCUUGGAAUUCAGGGUGCAUCUAAGAUACGAGUUCUUGAUGCUAGGCAUCCAACCAAUAAUGGACAAACUAAGGUCCCAUGAUAACUCCACACUAGACAGGCACUUAGAUUAUUUUGAGAUGUUGCGAAAUGAGGACGAGCUUGCUCUUGCGAGACGAUUUGAAUCGGUGCAUAUAGACACAAAGAGCGCCAGCCAAGUGUUUGAGCUCAUCCGCAAGAAGAUGAACCACACGGAUGCCUACCCGCACUUUAUGUCGGUGCUCCACCACUGUCUCCUCAUGCCUCAUAAGAGGAGCGGGAACACUGUGCAGUACUGGCUCCUCCUGGAUCGCAUUGUCCAGCAGAUGGUCCUGCAGAACGACAAAGGUUACGACCCCGACGUGACCCCACUCGAGAACUUCAACGUGAAGAACGUGGUCCGCAUGCUUGUAAACGAAAAUGAGGUGAAACAGUGGAAGGAGCAGGCAGAGAAAAUGCGAAAGGAACACCAAGAGUUACAGCAGAGGCUUGAGAAGAAGGAACGCGAGUGCGACGCCAAGACGCAGGAGAAAGAGGACAUGAUGCAGACGCUGAACAAGAUGAAGGAGAAGCUGGAGAGGGAGAGCAGUGAGCACAAGACGGUUAAACAGCAGCUGUCGGAACUCACGGUCCGGCUACAUGAACUUAGCACGAGGCAGGUCGGCACUGUCCCCGGGGGCCCUCCUCUCACCCCUGGUCCUCCAGGUGGACCUCUGCCACCCGUUCCGCCCCCGAUACCCACAGGCAUGCCCCCGCCCCCUCCUCCUCCUCCGCCAGGUGUGGGUAUGCCUCCUCCCCCACCCCCACCCCCAGGUGGACCGCCACCUCCCCCAGGUCGCCCACCCCUCUGCGGAGCUCCACCACCCCCUGGAGCCCCCCUGGGACCUGCUCCCAAGAAGAAGAACAUCCCACAGCCCUCAAACGCGCUCAAGUCCUUCAACUGGUCCAAGCUGGCUGAGAACAAACUGGAGGGCACCGUGUGGGCAGACGUUGACGACAACAGGGUUUUCAAGAUACUUGACCUGACGGACAUCGAGAAGACAUUCUCUGCUUACCAGAGACAACAGGACUUCUUUAUGGUCAAUAACAACAGACAACAGAAAGAAGUGGAGGACGACUCCCUGAGCUCAAAGAAAGUCAAGGAGCUGUCUGUUAUUGAUGGCCGUCGUGCACAGAAUUGCAACAUCCUAUUGUCUCGGUUGAAGUUGUCCAACGAGGAGAUCAAGAGAGCCAUCUUGACUAUGGACGAGCAGGAGGAUCUGCCCAAGGACAUGUUGGAGCAGAUGCUGAAGUUUGUCCCAGAGAAGAGUGACGUGGACCUGUUGGAGGAGCACAAGCAUGAACUGGACCGCAUGGCCAAGGCCGACCGCUUCCUCUACGAGAUGAGCAGAAUAAACCACUACCAACAGAGACUUCAGUCACUGUACUUCAAGAAGAAAUUUGCCGAGAGGAUCGCCGAGAUCAAACCCAAAGUUGAAGCACUGUCCAAGGCCUCCAAAGAGGUGCUGCACAGCCGGAACCUGAAGCAGCUGCUGGAGGUGGUCUUGGCCUUCGGAAACUACAUGAACAAAGGCCAGAGGGGCAACGCCUACGGCUUCAAAGUGUCUUCGCUCAACAAGAUCGCUGACACCAAGUCUAGCAUCGACAAAAAUGUCACUCUCCUCCAUUACCUGAUCACCAUCUUGGAGAAGAAGUACCCCAAAGUCAUGCACAUCCCUGAGGAUCUGCUGAAUGUCCCGGAAGCAGCGAAAGUGAACAUGACGGAACUAGAGAAGGAGAUCAAUAACCUGCGCAGCGGCUUGAAGAGUGUGGAAAAUGAGCUGGAGUUCCAGAGGAAGCGCCCACAGGAGUACGGGGACAAGUUUGUGUCCGUGGUCAGCCAGUUCAUCACCGUGGCCAGCUUCAGUUUCUCCGACGUGGAGGACUCUCUCCACGAGGCCCGAGACCUGUAUGUGCGUGCGGUGACGCAUUUUGGCGAAGAGGACGGCAAAAUGCAGCCAGAUGAGUUCUUCGGCAUCUUCGACCAGUUCCUGCAGGCCUUUGGCCAGUUCCUGCAGGCCUUUGACUUACGGGCGCCCAAGAAAGAAGAGGAGGAGCGCAGGUCACGCAUGGAGGCUCAGAUGAAGGAACAGCGGGACAAGGAACGUAAGGCGCGGAAGGCUAAGGAGAGCGGCGAUGAUGGUGGCGGCGAAUUCGACGACCUGGUGUCGGCUCUGCGCUCGGGCGAGGUCUUCGACAAGGACCUAUCUAAGAUGAAGCGCAACCGCCGACGGAUCAACAGCCAGUCCACAGAGACGGCCCGUGAGCGCCCGGUCACCAAACUCAACUUCUAAACAACGCCAUCAAAACUGCACCCAGAAUUCAACCACCACCACCACCACCACCACAGCCCCCUGGGCCCUCUCCUACCCCAAACCCACACUCUUCCCUUCAGCUUCUUCACCACUCCAACCUGCUCUGUUUAUUUGGACAGUGCUGCCACCUGGUGGAGGCCAUGAAAAGCACACAUAAAUGUGUCACUCCUAAUGGACAGGAUUCAGGAUUUCCACUGAAAACAGGGAGUGCUUUGUGUCAGUGCCUGGCGACAGAGUAGACAGAGAAUAUAAAUAUAUACACAAACAUAUUCUCUUGAGGUUGAGUCAGAACUGUGUCCGACUUCACCCUUCUGUGACUUUUUGGCAGGGUUAAAAAAAAAAUCAAGGAAGCGGUAAGGCCAUCUGUUUACAAGAUGGCCCCCCCAGAGAAACUCACCGUUUUUAUUUGAUGCAGGUCUUCCUUUGAGAAGAUUAAGAUUGAUUAUUACCGUGCUGGCGCACCAAGAAGGGCUGCUGGUUUUCUGGCCUGAAGAUAAUGCGGUCAAAUUCGAUUUGACCAGAACACUUAACAGGAGACGUGUGCAUACACAAACACCCACACACACCCACUCACUCACACACACAAACACACACAGAUGUUCAUGGACCAUGACUUUAGGAAGUGGUUUUCCUGUCUGGACCUCGAGGGACGGAGCUAACGCCAGAACCUUUCCAUACAAUGGUUUGAUUAGUUUAGGUCCUCUAAAGAAUAAUGAAUACAUAUUACUACAAGGAUUGGACAUAGCAAUGGCACACUUUAUGCAUCAACCAUUUUUUUCUACAUAGGCUAGUUACAAAUGUAAACUGAUAAAAGGAAAAAAAAGUGCCCAGAUAUGGGAUUGACUUUGCAAAAAAUGAACCUUUUAUAUAUUGAUUUUUGUUUGUUUUAGUACUAAUGUUAAUGUCAACUAAGGCUCUGGUUUACUGUAGAAUGGACAUGUAAGAGUUGUGUAUGACCCAUGUGGACAUCCAUGGAGGCUCUGAGAGUUCCUACGUUACUGGACCUAAUUUUGAUGAUGGUUGUGUUUUGCUGGGCACGAUGGCCAAAGUGGGUCCUAGUGUAAAGGACUCAAUGCUUUCAGUAUUGCCGGAGUCUGUCACAUACAAAAAGGAAAAAUAACUGCAAAAUGUAAAGUUAUUUAAAAUACAGAAUAAGUAUGUUAACCAAAUCAGUGCAAUACUCCUCCAUCAGUUCUCUCAUAUACCAUGGUUGCCCCCUGGUCCUCUCUCUCUCCUCCAUCUAGAUUAAUUGUGUAAAAAAAAAGGUUUCUUUAACAAUGUGAGAGAAUCUCCAUUGAACUUUUGUAAUUUAAAAUGGCCUUCCAUGAUAAAAAAUGGUUCUGACACAAAUAAAUUGCAGAAAACUCUA